AUGAGCACUCUGCCAAAACUCCCUCCGGCAUCAUGGGACAGCCAUAUGCACAUUGUUGACCCAGAGAAAUACCCCCUCGCACUAGGUGCCCAAUAUGUGCCCCCUAUUCACACAUUGUCUGAUGCGAUGACUUUUGAGUCUUCGGUUGGCAUCCAAAAUAUUGUCCUGGUACAGCCGUCUAUAUACGGAUUUGACAACUCAUGCAUGCUCGAUGGACUGAAGGAGCUGGGCCCCAAGCAGGGUAGAGCGGUGGUCUCCCUGGAUCCAGCCAACCCACCAUCUGAUGAUAUCCUUAAGUCAUGGCAUCAAUGGGGUGUACGUGGAGUGAGACUUAACCUGCAAUCGACUGGCAAAGAGAUGAGUGCUGGGGAGCUGAAGGAAGUUAUGCACAAGUAUGCAGAUAUCAUUCGCCCCUAUGGCUGGGUUUUGCAGCUAUACAUUGCCCUCCAGAACGUCCCACCCCUGGUAGAAAUUGUACCACAUUUAGGGGUCACUGUGUGUCUCGACCACUUCGGAAGCCCCAAACUACCUAUUUCAGCCUCUGGCCCAGCCAGCACGACAGGUUUUGAUCCUUAUUCCCUCCCUGGCUUUGCGGAGAAGAUCGAGCUUUUGAAAGGUGGUCAUACAUAUGUUAAGAUAUCUGCUGCCUACCGUCUCACAAGCAACCCCCAGUUUGAUGGCCUACGGGAAAUGUUCAUGGAAUAUAUGCGUGUCGCACCCGGUCGGGUUGUGUUUGCUACUGACUGGCCGCACACGAGGUUCGACUCGGUCGACAUUGUCCCGUUCAUCAAAGCUUGUGUUGACUGGUGUGGUGGAAAUCAGAAUAUGGUCAAAAGAUUGUUCCGGCAUAAUGCUGAGGCGCUUUGGGAUAUCGAGUCUGAGACUGAAUCGUGA